CCAACACUCACUUCAAUGCCAUCUCUCGUCAAACACUUCCGACUCUUCAAUACUUUUAUAUUUCAUUUAAAUUACUUUUGGCUUUAAUUCAGUGUUUGAUUGCAUUUUCAAAGCUAUCAAAGAGUUGAACACUUGUUUCAAACAUACAUUUCUUUGCGUUGAGUUUGAUUUGACCGACAAUUAUGUUAUCAUUGAAUAAUGGACUUAAAAUCCCUGCCAUUGGAUUGGGCACUUAUCUCAUCAAAGACAGAGAUGUCUGCAAACAAAUAGUGGCACAAUCUUUGAGGACCGGCUAUAGACUGAUUGAUACGGCUAAUGCUUAUCAGAACGAAGAAUAUAUCGGAGAAGUGAUCGAAAAUUUACACGAAUUUGGUCUCAAAAGAGACGAUGUCUUCAUUACCACUAAAUUGAACACUUCGGAUCAGGGAAGAGGAAAGUGCAGAACCGCUGUCUUGGAAUCGAUCGCUAAGUUGAGGACACCGUAUGUCGAUCUCGUGCUCAUUCAUUGGCCAGGAGUCCGAGGUUUGGAUCAAAGCGAUCCCAAGAACUCGGAGCUGAGGAAAGGCAGUUACCAGGACUUAGAGGAUUUACAUUCCGAGGGUUUAAUUAAGUCAAUUGGAGUUUCAAAUUAUAUGAUUAAACACAUGGAAGAACUGCUAAAUCACUGCAAAGUGUUGCCUACAGUUAACCAGGUUGAAUUUCAUCCGCUUUUAUAUCAGAAGGAAUUAUUAGAAUAUUGUGAGGGAAAAGGUGUUGUAAUUCAGGCCUAUUCCUCGUUGGGUGCGGUCAAGGGUUGGCAAAUAUUGUCUCAAAAUGAGACACUUAUAAAAGUGGCCAAAAAGUACGAGAGAUCCGUUCCGCAGAUACUUCUCAAAUGGGGUCUUCAGCACAACGUUUGCGUUAUUCCCAAGACUUCUCGUGUGGAGAAUCUUAAGCCAAACUUUGAAUUAUACGACUUCGAGAUCUCGAAGGAAGACAUGGCUUUAAUCGACGCAUUGAAUUCAAACACACGCUUCUGUUGGGACCCAAAUAAUAUUGUCUAAACUUUUGAAUUCAAUCAAACUUUUUAUUCAAUUUCAAAGUGUUUUUAAUACAUUUUUUGGUGUUUCGAUGAAAUCGUUUUACAAAAGUAUAAUUUUUAAAAUAAACUCAGAAUUAUAUAAACUUUUUAAUACUAUUUUUUGAAUAAAUAAUUUGCGAAUUAAAAAUAAAAUAAUAAA